CACACAACAAACACACGAGGAGAUCGAAUAGAAAAAUUAAUAGAAGAGAUGGUUGAUCUGGCGGAUGCUAUGAUCUGGUGGGACAAGUGGCAGCUUCGCGUCCUCGUCCUCGGCAGCCUCAUCCUCCAGUGGUUCCUCCUGCUGGCUGCCCCCAUGCGCAAGUACGUCAUCCCCCGGUGCUUCCGGACAUGGAUCUGGCUGGCCUACAUCAGCAGCGACGCCCUGGCCAUCUACGCGCUCGCCACGCUCUUCAACCGCCACGCCAGGGCCACCGGCGGCGAGCAGGCGAGCCCCCUGGAGGUCCUGUGGGCGCCCAUCCUCCUGAUCCACCUCGGCGGCCAGCAGGAGCUGACGGCCUACGAGAUCGAGGACAACGAGCUGUGGACGCGGCACACGGUGACCCUGGUGUCCCAGGUCACGGUGGCCGUGUACGCCUUCUACAAGGCGUGGCCCAGGACCAGCGACCGGAGGCUGCUGGCGUCGGCGAUCCUGCUCUUCAUCACCGGGUUCCUCAGCUUCUGCGAGAAGCCAUGGGCCCUCUACAGGGCCAGGAUCAACAGGCUGGCCGACGUGUCAUCCAUGCUAGAAGAGCCAAGCCGGAGCGUAGGCGGCUUCUGCUUCACCGAGCUGAAGAAGCGAUGGGCGGCGAAGAGUGAUGAUGAUCGUCAGCUGUCGGAAAGGGACAAGGUCCACAUGAUACUCUCGGACCUGUCUCUGUACGCCGCCGCGGAUGAUCUGAAACAAGCCCUGAAGCGUCUAGAUCCAGGCGCGGACGUCUCGAGGUGGCUCCGCAAGGCGUUCGGGCUCAUCUACACGAGAGCCAACGUGGUGACCACGCCCGCGUACAUGGCCUACCACCUGCUGCUGGUCCCUUCCCUGCACGCCACCGCCAUCGCGCUCUUCGCCACCAUCCCCAACAAGCACGGCCGCUACGACGGCACGGACGUCAAGAUGACGUACAUCCUGAUUUGCCUCACCGCCGCGCUGGACCUGCUGGCGGCGUGCAUCCGCGGCCUGCUACAUCUGUCCCUGUUGAUCGCAGAUGUCCCGGCGUUGUGCGAGACGAUCCCCGAGUACAACCUCGUGGACUCGGUGCUCCGGAGGAUGCGGCCGUGCACCGGGUGCCUCCUCAAGUGCGCCACCCAGGUCGGCUUCAGCGAGGAAUAUUUUAAUUUCAGGCAGCGUCGCGAGCUGUACAGCAUGGUGAAGGGGUUCUUAGUCAUAGAUCUGCUCAAGGUUGAGCAGGUGAAGGGCCUCGAUCUUUCCACCUACAGGAGCUUCUCCGGCGAAGCCAGGGCAAACUGGGCUCUAGGUGACGAUCUCAGAAUGUUUUGCAGCACCAGCAUGAAGCGCAGCCUCCGGACAUCGUUCGACAAGAGCGUGCUCACCUGGCACAUCGCCACAGAUCUCUGCUUCCGCAUGCUGCCACCGCAAGACGGAGUGCAUGCAGAUGGAGGUGUGCCAAACGCAAACGGAGUGCAUGCAGACCGGCUUCACCAGCAAAGGGGGCCUUACUCUGACAAGGAGCUCCACCUCCGUCGUCAGCUGUGCACGCAGGCGAUCUCCAACUACAUGGCCCACCUGCUCAACUUCCGCCCCGAGAUGCUCAUGACCGGCAGCAGGAAGCAUCUCUUCACUCGGGCCCAGCGAGACAUGGAGCGCAUCCUCGAUGAUGAAGCCGCCAAAGACAUCAAGCUCAAGCUCCAAAAAAAGCAACACCUAGAUGGCGAAGACCUGAUGAAGAUCAAGCGCCAGGAGGCGGCGGCCACACCAGCCGCUAAUGCUUCAAAACACAGGUACACUAAUCUCGUCCAUGAGGCUUGCAAGCUCGCAGAGGAGCUGAUGCGCAUCGAGGAGGAAACCCAGUGGCAUUUGAUGUACCGCGUGUGGGUGGGCAUGCUCUGCUACUCGGCCAGCAUGUGCAGGGGCUACCUCCAUGCUAAGAGCUUGGGUGAGGGAGGCGAGUUCCUCUCCGUCGUCUGGCUCAUCAUCUCGCUCAAGGGGGCAAAGACCUUGGCGGACAAGCUUCAGAUGCCGGAGACAGAAGAGGGCGACUGGGACUGGAACGAUGUACGUGUGCAGGGGCAUGCCGGACAAGCUUCAGAUGCCGGCGACAGGGACUUGAACGAUGUGCAUGUGCUGUAAUUUGUUCUCUACUUCUCUGGCUUGCUUGCUUGCUCCUCUGAUGCCAUACCUUGUUUAAUUUGUUUGUUUUUUCUCUCCUUCCGCUGGAUGCAUCCAUCAGUCGACCGUCUGCAGCUUGCUUGCCUCUUAUAAUCUAAUAGUACAACCUAACUGUUUGUUUGUGCA